UCAGUUAUCAAUUUGAGUUCACGUAAGAAUGUUUUACUGUAAAUAUAUGUUUAUUAUUUUAUUCUUAUUAACGAGAACACAAAAACAAAUUAGUCAAGCAGCAGAAUUACAAGCUAUUGAGCAGACAGGAACGGUUACAGAAAUCAUUCCAUCAGUUACAGUCAGUGCAUUAGCCGAUUUCGAAAGCAAUGGAGAAACUACCACAGAUGUUGCGGUGUUAAAGCAAGGAGAAGCCAGCGAAGGGACUUCGGCAGUAGGAACUACAGAAGUCACGGAAGUGAUCGACUCUGAACCCGUUUCUGAAGUUAUUUGCGCGGUAUGCAACUGCAGCGACAGUGUUGUGAAUUGCAGUGGCAAGGAAAUCCGUACCUCCUUCGAGAUGACUGACUGGGAGGGUCUGCAAGAAUUCAAACCAGUUAGUGUUGACCUUAGCAAUAAUCACAUAGGUACGUUAACGAGAAUCUCAAAAUUGGAUACCUUGAAAUACUUGAAUGUGUCAAACUGCGAACUUCUCGGCAUCGAACAUGCGACCUUCAGUUAUCUACAGGAAUUAGUUAGUUUGGAUUUAAGCAGGAAUCAAUUGUUAAGUUCCUCAAUCAACAAAAGGGUGUUUGUGGGUAUUAUAGAUCCGAUCCUAGGUCUUCUACCUUUCUCGAAACUCCGGUAUUUAAGUUUGGCCAACAACGAAAUCCAUUCGCUACCACAAGACGUGUUCCUGUUUAUGAAUGAAUUGACAACCCUUGAUUUAAGUGACAAUCCUAUGGCGUAUAUCGAUCAAGUAACAAUGGGAGCUAUCACCGAUUUGGACGACCUGCAGGAACUCUACCUUCGGGGCUGUGAAUUAGAAAGUCUUCCGGAAGGUUUCUUUAGAAGGCAGCGUCGUCUCGUGAAGCUGGAUCUGAGCAAUAACAGAUUCACCACCGUUCCUGCCGUACUGGCAGAAGCAGUCACUCUGAAGUAUCUGAACUUUGGCAGGAAUCCUGUUGGAGCGCUGAACGAUACCUCGUUUUCAGAGGGUUUAGAGGACCUAAAUAGUGGAGCACCCUAUAUAGGCAUGUGGGUAUUUCCAAAUCUGAUUAGGCUGCGAGAGCUCCGCCUAUGUCGCAUGAGUAAGCUGCGCUCAGUGUCUGCCCGCGCUCUCGGAGGUCUCAAGAGUCUGGAAACAUUACAUUUGUGCUCGAAUCCACGUCUCACCGAUUUGGAUCCUGAAUUCUUGACGUGGACGGAGGAUGAAGUAGAAAUGUGGCCGACUUUGAGAGAGCUGCGUCUCAACAACAAUAAUCUAUCGACAAUCCACUCGAAUUACCUAGCCCGCUGGGACCGGCUGAACGCCUUAGACUUCGGCAACAACCCCUACAUCUGUGACUGCAGGAGUCAAUGGACUAUUGACGUGCUCAUACCAAUCAUUCUCAAAAGUUCCCAUAACGAAACUGCCAGUCAUAUGAUCUGUAAAAUGCCUCACGAAACCAGAGGUCUAACCCUGGUCCAGUUGUUUGAGACAUCGAAGAAGCUCUCUUGCCUUGAAAACGAGAGCCUCAAGGCAUCCCCUGGGCCGGACAUGGCUAUUCUACUUGGAAUCAUGAUUGGUAUAUUCGUAACAUUCCCUAUAGUUCUGAUAGUAAUCUUGCUGUGGAGGAGAGGGUUCUUUGCGCGUUGCCGUUCGAAAACCAUUGAGAAGGAUGAAGAUGAGGAAUCGUAUCCGCUCUGAUACAGCACGUGGAUGGUACAGGGAUACCGCCUGAAGCCUAAAGGGCUUACAUUUACGCCACACUCAAGCAUUCCGGGAUGGAAGGGUAGGAUAGCCGUGACACAAUUGGAACUCCGACCCUCAUCUACAGACACUAACAACUUAUCAUCUGAUAGACCGUGCAAAUGUGCACCCAACUAAUAGCGCUACAAAUGGAAGAAAAAACAACUUGAACAAUAAUUAGACAUAUUACUGUACUUUAUGGUAGGCAGCGGCUCUGCGGUGCCUUUGAAUUGCUGACGUCCAUCGGCGAUCGCCAUCAGAUGGUAUGCUCUAGCCUACAAGGGCAAUUAAAAAAAUUUACAAAAAGGUGGCAUACGCUGCGUUUUAUCAGCUAAUUAAUUUAUAGUGCGUAAUUAUUUAUCUUUGUCGUAGAUAGUGUAGAGCACAUAGAAUUUACACAUAGGUUUUUUUAUUUUUUAUUUAGCGUUUAUUCAAGUUUUUUAACUGUGGCGCUCUUAACUGUUUGAACGUCUGUGAAAGGGCACGAGUUUGGGAAAAUGAAACAAAAUCGCCGGACGUAGCUUCUUAGAGUUCUUCCAAAGAGCCCACUGAAAAAGUCUCCGUAAAUAGCUACAAUUUAACCGAGACUAUUUCUUCACAUCUCAUCUCGUUUUAUUUAAUUUUGAUCCUAAUUUAUUAAAUACCUCACAUAAAACAACUUUAUCUCGUUUCGCUAUGAAGCGAAAAUAUGAAAAAUUAUAUGAAUAAUUUUUCAUAUUUUAACAGAAUAAAAGAACAUUUCAGAUUUGGCUUAAACAACCUCGUUACCAGAACAUAGAAUCUUUUAACAAAACUUCACUGGCACACAUUGACUUAAUCUGUGGUAGACCCGAAAAACCCCCGAGAGGACUUUUUGGCCGAAACCCGAGGAGUGACGUGUGUUUCUUCAGGUUUAAAUGUGUAAUAACGGUGGUUUAAUAACUGUUUAGUAUCUAUGAAAGUGCACAAAUGUGGGAAAAUUAAACAAAGCCGCUGAACGUAACUUCUCGGCAUCCUCCAAAAAGUCCACUGAAAAAAUCUCAGUAACAGACCACCAUUUUACUGAGAUUAUAUUUCAUUCCAUAUCAUCUCAUUUCAUUUAAUUUCAUCUCAGUUGAUUAAUGUCUCAAAUGAAUCACUUCAUUCCAUUUCAUUUCCCUCCAUAUUAUCAUUUUUCAUAAAAAUAACAAUAUAAAAAUAAGAUUUGACCUAAAGGUCUUAGUUACCAGGUCAUAAAAAACCGCCAAAGAUUAGCAAUGAAAUAUUUAAAUUACAAUAUUAAUUAGUUAGAUAAUUUUUUAUUGUCUCAUGUCUAAAAAUACACUUAUAGAACAUUAUGUAAACAGCAACAUUAAACUUGAUAAUAACUAUCAAACGAAAGAUUAAGUAUCGCUUAUUUGACAGAAAUGACCGACAUUCAUAUCUGUUCAUGGAUAUAUAUUUUAGACGAUUAGAACUAAUAACACAAUAACGUAAUAUCGUAAAUGGCGUGCAAACUUUACUUUCGGUCUACCGUAACUUUUGCACGAGUUGAUCAUGGACAGCACGCAUUUAAGCCUUCGUCAAACAGAACGCGUACUUAGCGCGCGUCAGAGCGCUAAACUGACGCCGCGCUAUGACGCCGACAUGUGUUGUACUAUUAUGGUAACAUACCGUCAAACAGAGACCCAGCGCUAUAAGUACGCAGCGCUCUGUCGCGGCGUUAGGACGCUUUGACGUCAGGCGUUGUCAUUUUUUACAAUUAUUUUAGCGUCCGAGGUAAUAUGUAUUAAAAUAAUAAAUAGGUAAUGCCCGAAGAAUUGAUAGAAAUAGUUAGAAAAUACCCAUGCUUAUACAAUGCCACAUCUGAAUCACUCGAUUUCUUAAUACUUUUAAAUUUUCACACUGCUAUCGAGGGCACUAUGAUUUGGCGAAUGCGUUGCAUCAAGGAGCGUUAGUCUGAUGACGUCAUGCGCAACAUUUUUAUUGAUAAGAUUUUACUAAUAUUAGCAUUAAUAGUAGCAUUAACAUGUCGUUUAAGUAUAAAAAAGUUCCUAUAAUAUAAUAGUUACCUGAAUUUUGCUCUUCUGGUAUCCGUUUGCGGAUUCGAUAGGACCAUUUCAAUGAGAGCACGGCGCCAUUACAAAUCACAGCACGCGAAUCCAUUACAACAAAAGUGACAUUGAUACAAUAAUACGAGUAUUAAGUAUACAAAUAGUGAGUUUUCCUUUGUAAUUUUUUCAUUAAUUACACUGUAACACAUUUUGUGAAACGAAAUGCAAAUAAAAAUCAAGCCAUUUUCUCUUUUAA